GAGCUAUAGAAAAAUAUGUUAGGAAGAUACGUUCGGCUCUGUAUAAGCUGAAUAUAAUUAGUUAGGAGUCAAAAGUAUUCCUGGCAUUAUCUCGUACAAAGUCUUUUGGAUAAAUCAAUGUAUUUUGUAUUAUUUAAUUUAUGAAUUCUUCUAUAUCUUUUUAAGAUUUAUACAUAUACAUACACAGAAUAUAUAAAUAAUAAGAAAGAUUGCAAGCAUAUAUUAUGCCAGGAAUAAAGUAGUACGCGUAAUAUCUGCGACGAUUUAAUCGGAUAGAUUAUAAAAGGACUGAGAAUUAAUUAUUCCGACUCGAUGGAAUAUUUAUCGAUAUCAAUUAAAUCCCAUUAGACGUAUUCUUUGAAAUGACGCGAGAUUACGAGGCGCUGCGCAUCUCUCGCAUACUCUGUGUUCCUCGCAUAAGUGUAUGUUAAGCAUAUUAUUGGAAUCGACACUAUUGUCAUACAGAUUGUAUGAUUUUUCGCAUUCCAGGUCUUAAGAAAUGUAUUCUAUGGGAGUUGUACGACGCGAGGCGUGAGAAACCCUCGGUUUUAGUGACGUCACCCGGCUCGCCGGACCUGCAUGCCCAAGGACGCGGUCGACACUCCCGACAUCCAACCGGAAAUGCGAACGUGGGCGGCAGCAUUCAGGUGAAGCUGGGUUUCGAUCCUGUGGGACUUCAGCUGAUCGUCACGAUUAUUUGUGCCGCGGGACUCACGCCGAAGAGCAACGGUCAACCGAGAAAUCCUUACGCCAAAAUCUUUCUGCUUCCUGACAAAAGCGAGAAAUCGAAGCGGCGUACGAAGACCGUGGCGAAUACAAACGAUCCUAGAUGGAACCAGACUUUCGUUUAUAACGGAGUUAGACGCUCGGAAUUGAGGAAAAGGGCAUUGGAGAUUACGGUCUGGGACUACGCGAGGUACGAGGCAAACGAUUUUCUUGGCGAGGCUGUCCUGGAAUUGGCAGUAUGUCUCUUAGACGAGGAACCAGAAUGGCAUUCUCUGACCGCUCACGGAGAACACCGGCACGUCAGGCAUUACCAAGAUUCUGAUGACGUGCUAGAUCAUCAUCUCAGUCCACCGUCGACCACUUCGAGAUUAAGUGACUCCGACACCUCGGAGUGCGAUAUUACGGACUGCGACGUGUCGAGGGAACAAAGAAGAACGGCUGACGGUGCCAGCAUAAGUAGUAUCGGCAGUUCCUCUAGGUAAUAUUAUCUCUUAAGAUCUCUCUAUGGUACAUAUAUACAUAAAUCUCAGUCUGGCGAAAGAGUAUUAUAUCAAGCCGCCGGAAAUAAUCGGUCAACUUUAGAUUUUUGCGUUGAACACUCUGUAAAUUUAUCGUAUAUAAACCAAAAUUCUUUUUAACAAGAAACACAAGAUAAUAUAUCAAGAAAUAAAUCUUUAAACAAUUAUAUCGAAAAUUGAUUAGUUAUAGUUAUUUAAGUAUGCAUUACACUUAGCAUACUUGACCGGUGGGAAUUGUGUUAAUCUGACAGCGUUACUGUCUCCCCCCCCCCUUCCCCGGCUUAAAAUCUUGUUUAUAGAUCUCGUAACCAUUCUCAUAGUUAUUGCCGUAACAAUCAUUCUCGUGUUGCUUGUGCAUCGCGACCCUUAUCACUGAUAAUACAGAAGCAUAUUCGUUCCAAAUUUGAUGUAAAAAAAUUCCGGCGCGAGAACUCUUUCCGUUAUUAGUUUUCUUCUGUUAUAACGAGGCUGAGUUGUGUCAUUGAAUAAGUGCUAGAAUUUUUACAAAGCUACAUUUGUAUAAAGAUGGAAUUUUUACUGAUUUUUUUUACUAGAUUGCAUUUUGAGCCACUUUUGUCAAUAGUUAUAAAGUUAUUAUAUAAUUACAUAAUAAAUAAUUGCAAAUAGUUUUUUUAAUGAUUUGAAAGUGGCUGCAAUUGUACAAGGUUCGACUUUCUUUCUUUUUUAUACGAUUAAUGAAGCUAAGUAGAGAAGAGAAAAACAGACAUAAGUCAUAAAUACGAAUAUACUGUAUAAUA